AUGAUCGAACCUGGCUCUGAGGCCAUGUUAGAGUUUUGUGAGGAACAGAUGAAGAAAGCAAAAUAUACAGAGAGAAUCAAAUCCUCACUACUUACAUUUCAACAGCAGCACUAUGUGCCUGCACGGAGGAGGUUCCCAUUGGAGAAGGGCUUGGCUCCUCCAUGGUGGCCUACAGGGGAGGAGCUUUGGUGGGGUGACGAAGGGGUUUCUAUAGAUCAUGGUGAUCCUCCUUAUAGGAAGCCUCAUGAUCUUAAAAAGGCUUGGAAAGUGAGUGCCUUGGCUGCUAUGAUCAAGCACAUGGCUCCUAAUUCAGAUAGGAUGAGAAGGCUUGUGAGGCAGAGCAAGUGUUUGCAAGAUAAAAUGACUGCUAUGUGGUCAAAAGUGGUCAAUCAAGAAGAAGCCCUUCUGCAACUUAUUGAAACUUGCCUCAAAAUCUCUGACUCAAAUGAAAAGGAGGAUCAGAAAGAAAGCCCUUCUGGCCUUAGUCAAAUCAAAGGCAAGAAUAAUGGGGAGUGGAUGUGCAGCUUGCUCAGCAGUGAAAAGAGGACAAGCAGCAUCUUUGAUGAAGAGGCUUGCCAAACUGGUCAGGGCUUGAAGAGUUCUGAGUUGG